UUUGUACAGGUGUUCUCUAAAAAUGGAUUCCACACUAUGAUCCUGCUACCUAUCUCUAUUUAAACAAAGCCUUCGAUCGUGGUGCUUUCUACGCUCUCUCUCUCUCUCUUUCGUAGGGUGAAAAUGAAUUUGUCGUUGGCGAUACUCGUGGUCAUAUUGGGCACAACUUGUGGUGGUGCUUUUGCGGAGUUGGAAAGUAAAGUGAAAACAGCAGUUUUUCUGUCCCCCAAAUUCGAACUUGGACCGGGAUCUGUUGCGAAUAAAUAUGAUUACGGUAUUGAUUUUCCUAAAGGUCACAUAGCACUCAAGAGUUUCAACGCCGAAGUAGUUGAUGAAUCAGGGAACCCAGUGCCUCUCCAUGAAACCUAUCUGCAUCACUGGGUGGUUGCAAGAUACUAUGAACCAAAACAUGUGACGACACAGACAAGGUACGAUGGCCAUAGGUUGCUUCGCCCAUCUGGCCAUAUAGUGGUGAGGAACAGUGGAACCUGCCAGAGAGAUGAGCUGGGACAAUACUAUGGUCUUGGAUCUGAAACACGUGGAACUGCUACGGAUGUUCCUGAUCCGUUUGGGAUAGUUGUGGGUGAUCCAGCAGAAAUUCCAGAGGGGUAUGAGGAGAAGUGGUUGCUGAAUAUCCAUGCUAUUGAUACACGUGGUGUGGUGGAUAAAUUGGGGUGCACUGAGUGCAGGUGUGAACUUUACAAUGUUACAGAGGAUGAAAAUGGGAAGGCUAUCAGGUCAGAUUAUAAGGGAGGUUUGCAUUGUUGCUACGAUGAAACCCAGUGCAAGUUGAGGGAAGGUUUUCAUGGCCCAAAGAGGAGUCUCUAUCUCAGAUACACGGUGAAGUGGGUUGAUUGGGACAAGUUCAUAGUGCCUGUUAAGAUUUACAUACUUGAUGUCACUGAUACUGUCAAAAUAACAGAUGAUUCUUCAGGAGACAUUGUUGAUCAUAAUUGUUUGAUCGAGUACAAUGUUGAAUCUUGCAGCUCUGGUGAAAAGGAGUGUCUUGAUGUGAAGAGAACAAGUUUCCCUAUGCAAAAGGGUGGUUAUGUCAUCUAUGGUGUUGCUCACCAGCAUUCAGGUGGUACUGGAUCAACUUUAUAUGGAAAGGAUGGAAGGGUAAUAUGUUCUUCAAUACCUACAUAUGGGAAGGGAAAAAAUGCAGGAAAUGAGGAAAACUACAUUGUGGGAAUGUCUACAUGUUAUCCUAAAGCAGGUUCUGUAAAGAUAAACAAUGGUGAAACUCUGACUCUAGUGUCUAACUAUAGCAGCAGUGAUGGUCACACUGGAGUAAUGGGGCUUUUCUACCUGUUGGUGGCAGAACAGCUUCCACACCAAGACUUCAGACAUUCCACUCGUUCUUCAUUCUUUACAAAUAUCAAUAGUUUGUUUUCUUGAUAGUAUAAGCUAGUUUUAGAUUAAGGAAUGUAGAAAUGGGAUUAUCAAUAAUUUGUGUUAUAUGUCGUUUGUACUAAGUCAGUAUUCGUUAGUUAUAUAGAGUGAUACUGUAAUUUAUUUUAUGUAGUUGUAUUCGAUAUCAAUACUCUUUGAUAUUUCUGUGAUAUGUAUUGUCAAGUAUCCAAAUUAUAUUUGUGACA